GCGCUGUGGGGCGGGCUCCAUGCUGUGGACCUUUGGCUACCUGCUGCUCUUCCGCACCGCCCCGGUUUGGGGGCUGCCCCCCCCGCCCCCCUACGCCAACGCCCUGCAGCUGCUGCUCACCCUCAAGCUGGUGAGCCUGGCCUGGGACGUGCAGGAGGAGCUGGAGGCGGGGCCGGAAGUGACGUCGAAGCUCGGGAAAAAGGCGAUUGGCUGCCCCGGGGUGAUUGACGUCCUGUGCUACAGCUACUGCUACCUGGGGCUACUGACAGGCCCCUUCUACCGGUUCUCCACCCACCAGCGCUGGGUCCGCCGCCCCCCGCCUCCGCUGCCCGCGUCCUCCGUCCUCCUCCGGCUCCGCUGGACGCCGCUGCUGGGCGCCGCGGGGCUGCUGGCGGCGCGGCUCUUCCCGGUGGAGGGGCUCCGCGGCGGGGGGGGCUUCGAAAGGCUGCCGCUCCUCCUCCGCUUCUUCUACAUCUCCGCCGUUUUCUUCGCCUUCCGGAUGCGGUUCUACGUGGCGUGGAUCGGAGCCGAGGCCGCGUGUCUGAGCGCCGCGUUCGGGGGGCUUCCGAGGGCGGCCAACGGCAAAGCGGGGAGGGGAGCGGAGGACGGGUGGGAGGAGGAGGAGGAGGAGGAAGGGU